GUAGUGCGUGGGAAAUCAGUAGACUCCAAAUUAAUUUCAAGUAAAACUAUCGGUAGCGGCAAAAACAGGGCCAGCGCCAUCCUCCACCGAUGCCCAAGCUCGACGUCGUCAUCGACAUGGGCAACCCCUUCCUCAACCUCACCGUCGACGCCUUCUUCAAGAUCGGAUCCGUCGCUGCUACGCGUGCCGCCGCCGAGGAUGCCUAUCAUGUUCUUAGAAAAGGAACGAUUUCCAGUCACAAUUUCGAGCACACGUUGAAGAAAAUGUGUAAAGAAGGUGCAUACUGGGGAACCGUAGCUGGAGUUUAUGUUGGUAUGGAGUAUGGGGUAGAAAGGAUCCGUGGCACAAGAGAUUGGAAAAAUGCUAUGAUUGGAGGUGCUUUGACGGGGGCUCUGGUAUCAGCAGCGAGCAGCAACAACCGAGACAAAAUCGCCAUCGAUGCGAUUACAGGAGGGGCUGUUGCAACCGCUGCGGAGUUCCUAAACUAUCUUACUUGAACCGAGGUAUCCGGGAAGUUUAAAACAUGUCUUUUCUGUAAGAAAUAACAUUAAAAUGUUAGUGCAGCAGUCUAUACAAACUAUAUUUUGCAGAAUAACCAGCUUCACAUGAUUAGUCUCUCAUAGAGUUGCAGCCUAAACUAAUUAUGAAGGAAAAGAGAAAAGAGUAAGAGAGUAAUAGAAGUAUCUUGUUUCAUUAAUCAGAGCCAUAUGUUUUGUUGAGGCUGUAAUUGCUGCUAUAGUUUCAUGUUUUGAAGAACAAAAUUGUUGGAUUGGGUAGCUUUAUUUUCGGUAUUUUUAACAACAUAAUAAUUCAAGUUGGUUGACCUUUUAAAAUUA